AUGAGUGAAGCCCAGAUGGCUGCCGCUCGUGCGCUUCUUUGCGAUCAUCCGGACAUGGUUAGUGAAAUUCUCAUCGAUUCGUAAACAAUUGUUGUUUUUUACAGACGAGCGAGGCCAGAAAGGUAAGUUGGGUAGUUCAAGAACUUUUAAUUUCGAAUGAGAUCUGUUAUGGAAUGCCACUUCUGAUGCACUAUUAAAAACUUACGAAAAAGGGCAAAAGGCCGGCCAGGCGUCUUGAAGGCUUUUUGAGGCCCGGACUUUUGAUCCACUUGCAAUUAUGGGCUUCUUGGACAUGGAUUGAAGUGCAUUGGGUCCAAGUUGUUUCAGACCGAUAUCAUAUCUCGGGACCGGAUCAUCCGAUCGGUCUGAUGCAAGAAACCCAUAAUUACAAGUGGGACAAAAGUCCAGGCCUCGAAUUUUGUCCAGCACUAGCUAAUUAAUUUCAUUGAAGAAAAGCAAUUUUCCGAGUUAAACCCUGAAAAAUCAAUAAUUAUUCAAAAAUGUUGAACCCGGGUAAACUUUCGACAAUUCUGACGAGUUCAGCAGCUGGGUUGUCCCUCGAAAGGGCUCGAGACGUGGGUGAUCGUGCUCAUCGCGCUGGCCGCCAUCGGAUGCUGUGCUUCGGCCCUCGCCGCCGCCGCCUUCUUCUAUUUCCAACGCAAAAAGAAGUCUGCAGGAGGACCCAACGUCGUUGUCGCCUAG